CCAAAAUCUUUCUUGGGACGAAAAAGAGGAGUGGAAAGCAGAAAGAAUUAGAGCUUCUGAGAAUGAUGAUUAAUGGAUAUAUGUGACAAUGAAAAGGGUAGAACGAACGAGAUAGAACAGAAUCCCGAAUAGUAGGAGGCUGUUUUCAUGGACGAACCCGAUUCAAAUUCUUGCAUAGGUUCGCGCUUCAAUUAAACGCUUGGAAUAAUAAUAAAUAUAAAUAUUGGAAACAAGUAGCACAAGGCCAGAUGCUAAUAGCGUUGAGGAGACACAGAAUCUUUGUAAUCUAAGAUCUUGUGAUUGCAAGUUGCAACUCCAAUUCCAUGGCCGCAGAAAAGCAAGUUAUGGUUGUUGGAAUCGACGACAGUGAUUUCAGCACGAACGCUCUUGAAUGGACGCUUGAUCACCUGGUCUCGCCCGUACCCAAUCCUAUCUUCAAGCUUGUUCUUGUUUAUGCUAAGCCCUCUGUUGCCUCUUCUGUUGGCUUCGUUGGCCCUGGAGCCGCUGAGGUCUUGCCUGUUGUCGAUGCGGAUUUGAGGAGAACAGCUACCAAAGUUGUUGAACAAGCCAAAGAACUCUGCAAGAAGAAAUCCGUAAAUGACGUAACAGUGGAAGUGGUGGAAGGUGAUCCUAGAAAUGUUCUUUGUGAUGCUGUGGAAAAACACCAUGCUUCAAUAUUGGUUGUGGGUAGUCAUGGUUAUGGGGCUUUAAAAAGGGCGGUUUUAGGUAGUGUAAGUGACUACUGUGCUCAUCAUGCUAAUUGCACUGUGAUGAUCGUGAAGAAGCCAAAAACCAAACACUGAUCUCGUUCGCUGAGAUUACGGCUAUGAACAUAAAUCUUUUUAGCUAAAGGGAAAAUAAAUGUUCUAAAAAAUUCAUAUAUAGCAUUGUUUGUAACAUGUUAUGAUGAUCAACUUUAUGGUAAGCUUCAUUUCACUUUCUUAUUUUAAAAAAUAAAACCGACAAUUGGUGUUGCGAUUCAUGUAAAUGUCUGUUCUAUGCAUAUAAAUGUAAUGUAAGCACAGUACUUUUCUCAUCCCAUCCUCCUUGUGGGACUUGGUUUAUUCAUAAGCAAUUCAUAUGAAUGUGUCUGUUCUAUGCAUAUGACUCGGGAAAGUUGCGAUUCGGUCGCAUCCCAUUGACUCUCAAUUGACAAUUGGUGUUGGAGCUUUUUC